CCAUGAGCUAUUGCAUGCCAAGAAGCAGCUAUGGGGAGAUCGCUCUGUAUGUACGUCAGCAGCAUGCAUCCAAGGUGAGGCAUAUUUUUGCUAUAUCUUCCAGCUAUUUUAUCUCCUUUUAUUACUUCCUCUACAGUACCUACCUCCGCUCCAGGGGUUUAUCCAGAGAAGAAACGAAACUGAGGGUGGGAAUUUGGCAAGCGAUUCAUGAAACAGUUCAGUUGAGACCUCCGCCCUCAACUACGACCUCAACUACGACUACAACUACCUUACCAAUACACAGACCCUCGCACAAGCAAGUGUGAGCCAGCAAAAGCACAACAGCUCAAGCUUCUGCCCAGCCCGACGGCAUAGACAAAGCUGCCAAUCAGCAUGGUGUGUGAGUCGGCCUCUUCUCUCUUUCCUCUCUUCUCCG